UGGGUAUAAUAAUGCCCAUGAUAUUUAGCUGACAAUUAAAUUGACAACUUUCUUUUUUUAUUCAUAUUUAUCACUUGCCAGGCAGGCACUGAGGACUUGACAAGCUUCAUCUUGCUUAAGUUUCCCAACACCUGUGAUAAAUACCUGCAUUUGCAUUUUGGAAACUACAACUAAAGUAAUAUUUUCAUAUUCUCACAGUGAAAAGGUAGCAAAGCUGCGAUGAAUUCAUCAUUUAGUCCAGACUCAGUCUUUAUUUUUAACCCUGACUAAUAACUAGAGUUGGGCUUUCUGAACUUUGUCUACUCCAGUGUCUGACACAGUGACUUCACCUCAGUGCCCUCAGGAAAUAUUUGUGGAGUGAAUGUUGAAUGAGUGACCAUGUACUCAUUGCUUUUCCAAGGCUUCUGCAGAACCCCCAGGUCAGGCCACAUCAUUGAGGCUGCAGGAUCUCUCUUCAUAGCCCAGCACGCCUCUCUGCAGUGUCCCUAGUUGGAGAAUCCAAACACCUAUCCAGCUUCUGGUUCCUGGGAAAAGUGGAGUUGUCAGCAAGAGAGACCGAUAGUAGAAGCCCAGAGCGGAGAUGCCUGCUGAUGUGAAUUUAUCCCAGAAGCCUCAGGUCCCGGGUCCAGAGGAGCAGGAUGGAUCUUGCGAGGCAUCAGUGUCAUUUGAGGAUGUGACCGUGGACUUCAGCAGGGAGGAGUGGCAGCAACUGGACCCUGCCCAGAGAUGGCUGUACCAGGAUGUGAUGCUGGAGCUCUAUAGCCACCUCUUCUCAGUGGGGUAUCACAUUCCCAACCCAGACGUCAUCUUCAGAAUGCUAAAAGAAAAGGAGCCACGGGUGGAGGAGGCUGAACUCUCACAUCAGAGGUGUCAAGAAGGGGAGUCUGGGCUUGAAAUCCCACAAAAUGAGAUUUCUAAGAAAGCUUCAUUUCAAAAGGAUAUGGUAGGUGAGUUCACAAGAGAUGGUUCAUGGUGUUCCAUUUUAGAAGAACUGAGGCUGGAUGCUGACCGUACAAAGAAAGAUGAGCAAAAUCAGAUUCAACCCGUGAGUCACAGUGCUUUCUUCAACAAGCAAACAUUGAACACAGAAAGCAAUUGUGAAUAUAAGGACCCCGGGAAAAUGAUUCACACAUGGCCCCACCUUGCUUCUUCACAGAAACAACCUCAGAAAUGUUGCUUAUUUGCAAAAAGUUUGAAGCUGAACCUAGAAGUGAAUGGUCAGAAUGAAAGCAAUGACACAGCACAGCUUGAUGAUGUUGUUGGGUCUGGUCAGCUAUUCAGCCAUAGUUCUUCCAAUGCUUGCAGCAAGAAUAUUCAUACAGGAGAUACCUUUUGCAAAGGUAAUCAGUGUAGAAAAGUCUGUGGCCAUAAACAGUCACUCACGCAAUAUCAAAUUCAUACUCAGAAGAAACCAGAUGGAUGUUCUGAAUGUGGGGGGAACUUCACCCAGAAGUCACACCUCUUUGCCCAACAGAGAAUUCAUAGUGUAGGAAACCUCCAUGAAUGUGGCAAAUGUGGAAAAGCCUUCACACCACAACUAAAACUCAGUGUAUAUCUGACAGAUCAUACAGGUGAUAUACCCUAUAUAUGCAAGGAAUGUGGGAAGGUCUUUAUUCAGAGAUCAGAAUUGGUUACGCACCAGAAAACACACGCUAGAAAGAAGCCCUAUAAAUGCCAUGACUGUGGAAAAGCCUUUUUCCAGAUGUUAUCUCUCUUCAGACAUCAGAGAACUCACAGUAGAGAAAAACUCUAUGAAUGCAGUGAAUGUGGCAAAGGCUUCUCCCAAAACUCAACCCUCAUGAUACAUCAGAAAAUUCAUACUGGUGAGAGACAGUAUGCAUGCAGUGAAUGUGGGAAAGCCUUUACCCAGAAGUCAACACUCAGCUUGCACCAGAGAAUCCACUCAGGGCAGAAGUCCUAUGUAUGUAUCGAAUGCGGGCAGGCCUUCAUCCAGAAGGCACACCUGAUUGUCCACCAAAGAAGCCACACAGGAGAAAAACCUUAUCAGUGCCACAACUGUGGGAAAUCCUUCAUUUCCAAGUCACAGCUUGAUAUACAUCAUCGAAUUCAUACAGGGGAGAAACCUUAUGAAUGCAGUGACUGUGGAAAAACCUUCACCCAAAAGUCACACCUGAAUAUACACCAGAAAAUUCAUACUGGAGAAAGACACCAUGUAUGCAGUGAAUGUGGGAAAGCCUUCAACCAGAAGUCAAUACUCAGCAUGCAUCAGAGAAUUCACACCGGAGAGAAGCCUUACAAAUGCAGUGAAUGUGGGAAAGCCUUCACUUCUAAGUCUCAAUUCAAAGAGCAUCAGCGAAUUCACACAGGUGAGAAACCCUAUGUGUGCACUGAAUGUGGGAAGGCCUUCAACGGCAGGUCAAAUUUCCAUAAACAUCAAAUAACUCACACUAGAGAGAGGCGUUUCGUCUGUUACAAAUGUGGGAAGGCUUUUGUCCAGAAAUCAGAGUUGAUUACCCAUCAAAGAACUCACAUGGGAGAGAAACCCUAUGAAUGCCUUGACUGUGGGAAAUCGUUUAGUAAGAAACCACAACUCAAGGUGCAUCAGCGAAUUCACACGGGAGAAAGACCUUAUGUGUGUUCUGAAUGUGGAAAGGCCUUCAACAACAGGUCAAACUUCAAUAAACACCAAACAACUCAUACCAGAGACAAAUCUUACAAUGCAGUUAUUCUCUGAAAGGCUUUACCAAGCAAUGAAUUCCUAGUGCAUCAGCAUAUUCAUAAAUGAAAUACACUCCCUGAGUUUCUUGAAGAAGAGAAAAUCUUCUCAGAAUCAGGUCUAAUUAUAUGUUAUUGAAUUCAUGCUUCAGAAAAACUCUAGGGAUGCACUGCAUGUGUGAACACAUGACAAAAAAGUCAUGCUUUAUUUUAUGUGAGGGCAAUUGCACAGAAAAGAGUAAGCAGAAAUGUCCUUCUUAGUACUGGCCUCAUUAAGGAUUAUAAAUUUUCACCCUGGGAAGAAACCCUGACUAAUGCAUUGAGAAAAGCCUUUCUGUAAAGAAUGGUACAAGACAGAUUGUUACCCGAUUAUUUAUAGUAAAAUAUGUGGGAAAUUAUAUCAAUGAUAACCCUGUUUAUUGUGGGAUAUCAAUAUUUCUAAAGUGCCAUCACAGUCAUGAUAGGACAAUAUUUUAUGUGUAUGUGUGUGUAUGCCUUAUGCAUAUAAGCAUAUAUAUAAGCAUAUAUAUUAUAUACAGGUUGAGAAUCCCUUCUCCAAAAUGCCUGGGAUCAGAAGCGUUUUGGAUUUCAGAUACUGAAAGAUUUUGGAAUAUUUGCAUUAUAUUUAUUGGUUGAGCAUCCCUAAUCUGAAAGUCCAAGAUUAAAUGCUCCAAUUAGCAUUUCCUUUGAGCGUCAUGUUAGAGUUCAAAAAGUUUCAGAUUUUGGGUUUUCAG